AUGGGCUUUAUGAUUCUGCAGAUGACUGCUGAGCUGAGAGCUGCCUUUGGUCUCUACUUCCCCAGGAAAGAGUACUCGGAGAAUGUCUACAUUGAUCAGCCAGCAGGUACGCCGCUCCUGCGCAUCCAUGCCUUGAGGGAUUCCCAUGGGGAAGUGGCCCACUUUCAUCUGUGCCAGAAUCUCAUCAUUUCUCGGGCAAGAUCCCAUGAAAAUCAUUGGUUUCAAAUCAGAGAAAAAAUAGGACUUCUCUACCUCAGCAAAAGCGUGGAUAGAGAAGACUUUAACAUGCUGUCUGUAGGAAACUGGAUGCCGUUAUCAAAGGUGAUGCUGUACGUCUUCCUUUCAUCCCACCCUUUCCAAGAGAAGGAAUGCGACUCUGCUACACGCACCACAGUUUUCCUCUCCUUGAUCAAUGCUACUGCACCAGCUUGCAGUUCCCUAACAGCAAGGCAGCUUUGCUUCACAGAAAUGGAUCUCUCCUUUCACAUCAAGGAGAAUAAACCACCUGGCACAUUUCAUCAGCUCCAGUUACCCUCAGUUCAUCAUCUGUGUCAGAAUCUCAGCAUUUCCUACAAACUGCUGGCAGCUGAAGGUAUGCCCUUUCGAUACAAUGAGAACACCACCGGUGUGAGUGUGACACAGCGCCUAGAUCGAGAAGAGAGAGAGAGAUAUGAGCUGAUUGCCAAAUGUACCGUGAGAGAGGGCUUCAGGGAAAUGCAGGUUGAGGUGCCCUUCCUGGUGAAUGUGUUAGACGAAGAUGACUCUCCUCCCUUCCUUCCCAAUGGCACUGAUACUGCAGAUGCUGUUGUGGAGUUCAACAGGAAAGAGGGAACUGUUCUUGCAACGCUAACUGUAUACGAUGCAGACACCACACCUAUUUAUCCCCUUGAAAGCAGCAGAAAGAAAUACACAGGAACCAUCAUUACUGACGAUCCCUGGAUAAGUGAAACAUUUCGGGUAGAGCACAUCUUCGAUGAAAUCCACUUCAGCCCAAAUGGCAGCCAAGUGAGGGGAACUCGACAUGAGUACAAACUGGUACUGAAUAAAAGUAUUUCAGUCACAGAGCAGCGUUCCUUCCAGUUGGAUGUUUUGGUGAACGACACAGAAUUUCAUGGCCCAGAAAGAUCUGUGAUGCUUCAUUUCAAUGUCUCCAUCCUCCCUGUCAGCAUUCAGUUUCCAAACAUGACUUACCAGUUCACAGUGAACAGAAAUGCUGAACGCUUUGCACAAAUAGGAAAAAUCUGCAUUGAAAACUGUAUGAAAUUCCGUGGUGUGAACAUCACCUACAAGUUACUAUCCUCCAACAUAAGCUGCUAUCCUGUCAGCAUACUUCAAGGCCGAGAAGACAAAUAUGGAAGCCUUUAUGUGAAUGAUUCCUCUGUGCUGCGCAGACCCGAAUGCAAGGAAAUACAAUACACUAUUCAAGCUACAGACAAGCAGAGCAGGAAACAUACCAAAACCCUUCUCACUAUUGUAUUGGAAGGAACCCUUUUAAAAAAAGAAGAGGACUGCCCUGACUCUUGUGCUGUGAGUAAGCACCAUGCUGAAUGUGAAGAGUGUGGUGGCCUGGGAGUACUAACAGGGAGAUGCCAGUGGAGACAGGGGAGUGGAAAAGGGAUCACCACAAACUAUUCCACGUGCACCCCAAGUAUCAAGACUUGUCCGGACGGCACCUGUGAUGUGAUUGAGAGCAAAGAUCCAGCUGUGUGCCCCCAAGACUGCACAAGUGGAAAUAUUAUUGGUGGUCAUGGGAAAGGCAUAGGAAAUCUUGGAAUAAAGUCAGGACAUGGGAUUUGUUACUGCUUCCCAAGACAGAACUGUUACUGUGAGAAAGAUGAUAUCAAGGAGCAACUAUGUGAUGACGUGUGCAAGACUGUGAUAGCAGGGGCAGUGCUGCUGUCCUUCAUCAUCUCCGUGCUUCUUUCUUCCUAUUUCAUCCAUCGUUACCACAAGAAUUCUCCAAAGCCACCUAUUGCCUCCGCAGAAAUGACGUUCCGGCGCCCAGCCCAGUCCUACCCCAUCAGUUAUUCUUCCACUAACGUCCGCCGGCCUUCUUUAGAUUCCAUGGAGAACCAGGUGUCUGUAGACACCUUUAAAAUACCAGAAGAUCCAAAGUGGGAAUUCCCUCGGAAGAACCUAGUUCUGGGCAAGACUCUUGGAGAAGGAGAAUUUGGAAAGGUCGUCAAAGCAACAGCAUUCCGACUCAAGGGAAGGGCUGGCUAUACCACUGUAGCGGUGAAAAUGUUAAAAGAAAAUGCUUCCCAGAGCGAGCUGCGAGAUCUACUUUCAGAGUUCAACCUUUUGAAACAGGUGAACCAUCCUCAUGUCAUCAAACUUUAUGGAGCCUGCAGUCAAGAUGGCCCACUGUAUUUAAUUGUGGAAUACGCUAAAUACGGCUCCUUGCGCAGUUUUCUCAGGGAAAGUCGAAAAGUAGGACCAAGCUACGUGGGUAGUGAUGGCAACAGAAAUUCAAGUUAUUUGGAUAACCCUGAUGAGAGAGCCUUAACAAUGGGAGAUCUGAUAUCGUUUGCAUGGCAGAUAUCACGAGGAAUGCAGUACCUUGCAGAAAUGAAGCUUGUCCAUCGUGAUUUAGCAGCCAGAAAUGUACUGGUGGCAGAAGGGCGCAAAAUGAAGAUUUCUGAUUUUGGCCUCUCCCGUGAUGUAUAUGAAGAAGAUUCGUAUGUCAAGAGGAGCAAGGGUCGGAUACCUGUUAAAUGGAUGGCCAUAGAGUCCCUAUUUGAUCAUAUCUAUACAACACAAAGUGAUGUAUGGUCAUUUGGAGUUCUGCUAUGGGAGAUUGUAACUUUGGGAGGCAAUCCCUACCCAGGUAUUGCUCCUGAAAGACUCUUUAACCUCCUAAAAACAGGCUAUAGAAUGGAGAGACCAGAAAACUGCAGUGAAGAAAUGUACAACCUGAUGUUGCGCUGUUGGAAGCAAGAACCUGAUAAAAGACCAACAUUUGCUGAGAUCAGCAAGGAACUAGAGAAAAUGAUGGUGAAGAGUAGGGACUACUUAGAUCUUGCGGCUUCCACACCUUCUGAUUCCUUACUUUAUGAUGAUGGGCUCUCAGAAGAGGAGACACCACUCGUGGACUGUAAUAAUGCUCCCCUCCCUCGAACCCUCCCUUCCACAUGGAUUGAAAACAAACUCUAUGGCAUGUCAUACCCGAACUGGCCUGAGGAGAGCCCCGUUCCACUCACAAGAUUCGAUGGCACUAACUCUGUGUUUUCAAGAUAUGCAAAUGAUAGUGUAUAUGCUAACUGGAUGGUUUCACACUCAGCGGCAAAAUUUAUGGACAAGUUUGAUAGCUAA